AUAAUAGGCGAUGUUUGCAAAGUAAUUUGCCUCUUCCUUGGCCAAUGGGAGCCGGAGCACUUUUCCAUCAAACCUCCCUUUUCAGGAUUUGCCGAGAGGCGAACUUCUCCAAAUGUUACCGCUACGGGAUCGGAGUUAGACUUGACACGGACGGCUCAGACAUAGGCUACUACUACUACUACUACUACUACUACUACAGCUACUACUACUCCUCUCUGAGACGUCGUUUCAUAAACUAUCGGGACGAAUGAAGACAAGAGGAUCUAUACGGAUUUCGGCGCAUAAUGUUGGGAUGGAGUUUCGAGACUUGUUUGGCUCCAGGGAAGACUAGAAACCCUUCUUCUAAUUUGUCGCCGGCGGUGCUGGAUGCGCUCCGCUUCUAUGUUGGAUUAUUGUCGCCGUUUCUGAACUCCAGCACCAGCUCUGUGUCGCUUCGCUCUGCGCCCCGUUCACCCUCUUUGGACUAUGGCCUCGGAUCGCGGGGUCCCAGGGGCCGGCGUCUUUGGAGAUUUACCCCCGAGUUAUACGCGCUCCCAGCCGCCUGCGAACCCAGACCUACUCCGGAGACCCAGCUACUGCCACGCUGCGUUCGCACUUAAACAGAUCUCAAAGGGUAAGGCGGUAGGUCAGAAAGCUCCUCUGUGGAUCCGGGCGAGGUUCCAGGCCUUCCUGUUCUCUCUGGGCUGCCACAUCCAGAGGCACUGUGGGAAGGUCCUCUUUAUCGGACUCUUAGUAUUCGGAGCCCUCUCUGUGGGACUCCGGGUCGCCGCCAUCGAAACGAACAUCGAGCAACUAUGGGUGGAAGCUGGCAGUCGGGUGAGCACAGAGCUUCGCUACACCAAGGAGAAGCAGGGAGAGGAGUCGGUGUUUACCUCACAGAUGCUCAUCCAGACCCCCAAAGAAGAGGGCACGAAUAUUCUUACCCAGGAAGCUUUGCUGGUUCACAUGGAAGCCGCCCUGUCCGCCAGCAAGGUGCAGGUGUCCCUGUUUGGAAAAUCAUGGGAUCUUAAUAAAAUAUGCUAUAAAUCAGGAGUUCCUAUUAUAGAAAAUGUCAUGAUUGAAAGGAUGAUUGACAAGCUAUUCCCCUGUAUGAUAAUCACCCCAUUGGACUGUUUUUGGGAAGGGGCCAAACUACAGGGAGGCUCUGCCUAUUUACCGGGUAUGCCAGAUAUCCAGUGGAUGAAUCUAGACCCAGUCAAGCUGAUGGAGGAACUGAGUCAGUUCACGUCUCUGGAAGGAUUCAAGGAGAUGCUUGACAAAGCCCAGGUGGGACAUGCCUACAUGAACAGGCCUUGUCUAGACCCUUCAGACCCCGACUGCCCUCUCAGUGCGCCCAACAAGGAGCAGGGAGAGAGUCCUGAUAUCUCCGGGCGUCUCCAGGGGGGUUGCCAUGGUUUCAGCCGGAAGUUCAUGCACUGGCAAGAAGAGCUCAUCCUGGGAGGACGCGUCAAGAACGGCCAGGAUACAUUGCUAAGUGCCGAGGCGCUCCAAAGCAUGUUCCUGCUGAUGAGUCCAAAGCAGCUGUACGAGCACUUUAAAGACGACUACGAGAUCCAUGACAUCAACUGGAAUGAAGAGAAGGCCACGGCCAUCCUUGAGUCCUGGCAGAGGAAGUUCGUGGAGGUGGUUCACCAGAGUAUCCCAUCCAACUCCAGCCAAUCCAUCCACGCUUUCUCUACCACCACCCUCAACGACAUCAUGAAAUCCUUCUCCGAUGUCAGCGUCAUCCGGGUGGCUGGAGGCUACCUGCUCAUGCUAGCCUACGCCUGCGUGACUAUGCUGAGGUGGGACUGUGCUAAGUCCCAGGGGGCCGUGGGGCUGGCCGGGGUGCUGUUGGUGGCCUUGUCGGUGGCCGCAGGACUGGGCCUUUGCUCGCUGCUCGGCCUCUCCUUCAAUGCUGCAACCACACAGGUGCUUCCCUUCCUGGCACUGGGGAUUGGUGUGGAUGACAUGUUUCUGUUGGCUCACUCCUUCACAGAAACUGGAAGUAACAUCCCCUUUAAGGAGCGAACGGGAGACUGUUUGCGUCGCACCGGCACCAGCGUGGCUCUCACUUCCAUCAACAACAUGAUUGCGUUCUUCAUGGCAGCUCUUGUGCCCAUCCCCGCCUUGCGAGCUUUCUCACUGCAGGCGGCCAUUGUGGUCGUGUUUAACUUUGCCAUGGUGCUGCUCAUCUUCCCCGCCAUCCUCAGUUUGGACCUCCACCGGCGCGAGGACAAGCGCUUGGACAUCCUGUGCUGCCUGUACAGCCCCUGCUCCGACCGCGUCAUCCACCUCUCUCCGCACGAGCUGUCGGACGCCGGGGAACAGCCGCACACGCCCGCGGCUGGAACGGCACACGCGCACCAGUACGCGGCGGGAUCGACAAUCACCACCAGCACCCAAAUCACCACGACGGUGCAGGCAUUCACGCAGUGUGACGCCGCAGGCCAGCACAUCGUCACGAUCCUUCCGCCCACCUCCCAGAUCUCCACCAGUCCUCCCUCCAUCAUCCUCUGCCCCACCACUCAGUCUCAAGGUAAGAGGUGUAGCUUAAUGAGGUUAAUGAGGAAGUUCGAACAAAGUCAUUAUACCAAAACGCUGAUUUCCUGCUCGCAUCUCCUCUUUCUAGCCAUCUCACCUUCUCCCACCACCACUUCUGUGCCGGACCCGUAUGGCUCCCAGCUCUUCACCCCGACCUCCAGCUCCACACGGGACCUCUUAGCCCAAGUGGAGGACUCCAAAUCAGGGAAGGAGUGCGUCCCACUCCCUUUCCUGCACUGGAACCUGUCCAGUUUUGCCAGGGACAAAUAUGCCCCCCUGCUCCUCAAGCCCAAGAGCAAAGCCAUUGUGGUUGUUCUCUUCCUGGGCCUCCUGGGCCUCAGCCUGUAUGGCACCACCAUGGUGCACGACGGCCUUUACCUGACUGACAUUGUGCCGCGUGACACUAAGGAGUACGACUUCAUUGAUGCCCAGUUUAAGUACUUCUCCUUCUACAACAUGUACCUGGUGACCAUGGAUGGAUUCGAUUACGCCCGCUCUCAGAGGCUGCUGAUCCAGCUGCACAAUGCCUUCAACUCUGUUAAAUAUGUGGUCAGAGACAGUGACAACAAGCUGCCGCGCAUGUGGCUGCACUACUUCCAGGACUGGCUCAGAGGUCUUCAGGCUGCUUUUGAUGCUGACUGGCAAGCAGGCCGGAUUACCGCUGAUAGCUAUCGUAACGGCACAGAAGACGGAGCCCUGGCAUACAAACUCCUCAUCCAGACUGGCUCCAAGAAAGAGCCUUUUAACUACAGCCAGCUGACUUCUCGCCGGCUGGUGGAUGCAGAGGGUUUGAUCCCCCCGGAGGUGUUUUACAUUUACCUGACAGUCUGGGUUAGUAAUGACCCUCUGGGCUACGCUGCCUCCCAGGCCAACUUCUACCCUCACCCCAGAGAGUGGAUUCACGACAAGUAUGACACUACAGGGGAAAAUCUGCGCAUCCCUGCAGCGGAACCACUAGAGUUUGCCCAGUUCCCCUUCUACCUGAAUGGUCUUCGCCAGGCCAGUGACUUUGUGGAAGCCAUCGAGAGUGUGCGGACCAUCUGCGACGAGUUUAGCCGCAAGGGCGUGUUCAACUACCCCAACGGAUACCCCUUCCUCUUCUGGGAACAGUACAUCGGCCUCAGACACUGGUUCCUGCUGUCCAUCAGCGUGGUGCUGGCCUGCACCUUCCUCGUUUGUGCCAUUCUCCUGCUCAACCCCUGGACCGCUGGAAUCAUUGUGUUUAUCUUGGCCAUGAUGACUGUGGAGUUGUUUGGCAUCAUGGGUCUGAUUGGCAUCAAGCUCAGCGCCAUUCCUGUGGUCAUACUGAUCGCUUCGGUGGGCAUCGGAGUGGAGUUCACCGUUCACAUCGCCCUGGGCUUCCUGACAGCCAUUGGCAACAGAAACAAGCGCUCUGCAGUGGCUCUGGAGCACAUGUUUGCCCCGGUGGUUGACGGAGCCAUCUCCACGUUGCUGGGUGUUCUCAUGCUGGCAGGGUCGGAGUUUGACUUCAUCAUGAGGUAUUUCUUCGCCGUGUUAGCCAUCCUGACCGUUUUGGGGAUGCUGAAUGGCUUGGUUCUCCUCCCAGUCCUCCUCUCCAUGAUGGGGCCCCCGGCUGAAGUCACCCCGGUCGACAAUGCCAGCUGCCUGCCCACGCCUUCCCCCGAGCCCCCGCUGCCUCCGCCCAUGACCCAUCACGGGUACUACACAGGCCACCACAACCCACGAUCGGCUCGGCCGCAGGCGUUUUCAGAGUCAUCGGACUCGGAGUAUUACUCAGAGCUGACGACCACGUCAGGGAUCGGGGAGGAGGAUUAUAAGUACUGUGACAGGAGUGCGUACCUGACGUCACACGGCGGCGUUCCACCUGCAACAUCUCACAUCCUGCUGGAAGCCAGCAAGAACCCCAGCUUCCCCAAACUCACGGUGGUGAAGCCCUUCAGAGAAAAUGCAGCAGCCCCCGGUGGGAGGAUUGAACCAGUGAGUGAACCCUCCCACAACGCACAGUCACCUCUUGGAUCCCAGGUCACAUGCUGGGAUGGAAACAAGCGGGAGCAGCAGAGGGGCCCCCAGAGACUCAGAGAGGCUCAGCCCGGCCAACACUUACCCAGUGACAGGGCUCACUUCACUGGGAGGACUUGUCAAAGCGGGCCCAAGCUGCAGAACGGCAGAGGGCCUCAGCCAAACAGGACUAAAGGGCCGAGCUACGCUCACAGCAGCUCCACCCUGCCGACGCAACAGGCCGCCGCCGGGGGGGCUGUUACCAUGGUAACGGCCACAGCCUCCGUGACGGUGGCCGUGCACCCAACUUUGCCGGGGGCCGCGUACCAAGGCUACAUGCAUGAAGGUUUUGACACGGACAGCGAGUCAGACUGCUUUGAGGACGCUAAGAGGACGCGCGGUGACAAAACAAACUUUUCUUCAUGUAAGAGAGACUCUCUAGAGCUCCAGGACUUGGAAGCAAUGCAGGGCCAGACAGAGUUCCAGCUCGGCAAGACACAAGGUGGGCUGAGGAUCCAGGCAUCCAAAGAUUGCUAGACUCUCUCACGCGCGCCGUGCCCCGGCCACAUCCCGGAGUACCCCGAGGCCCGCACGGCGCCACGUCAAUGUCUUGAACGCUCAACUGUACAUAGACUUCACCUGGAGGACAAGCAAAAAAAAAAAAAAAGAGAGGAUUUACUUCAAGGACAUAAUAAGAAAAAAAACUUGUUUUAAGAAUUAUAUAAAUCUAUGAGUAUAUAUUUUAAUACUAAAAACAAAAGAGGGAAGCUAUUUAAAAGAGUACUGUAUAACUUGGGUAUACUCUUUUGUAAAGGUUCAGAUGUAAAAGAUUAUUUUCAUGUGGGGCGGUCGAUGUUUUUCCCCUCACAUUGUAUAGAAUAAGAAAUGUGCUAUAUGUUGUCACGAAAGGUGGCGCGUUAUUAAGAUAUUAGGCUAUUGAACAUACAUGGUCAGUGUUUUAUUUCUACUUGUAUUGUUCUUUUUUUUGCUGCUACACUUCAAAAAAUAAUUUUAAGCAAUUUGCCUUAAAAAGAAAAAUGCAGUACCCCGCCCCCACUCCCCAUCCCACUACCCUCCCUUUCAUAAGUAACUAACUUCCACAGUGGCGUGCUGUGAGAUUCUCUCUGCAUCUGACACACUCUCCGUUGUGCACACGUUCUCUGCCACAGUGUCAAGCUGCAGAGAACCGGUGCUUUCUCAACAGUGGUUACCGCCGUGCCUUCAUUAUACCCCCCCCCCCCCUUUUUCUUGUUAUCACAGCAUUCAGAGCUCAGUAUUACGUUCUCACGUCGGUGUAAAUAAUCUGGAAAUGUUCAUCAAGGGGCCGUAGUAGACUCGUCAGCAUCGGCUGAAUGUGACCGUGCGUUCAUGUUUCGUGUUGAAUCCGUGUCCCGUUAUCCACUGCAGUUUUAAACUACUUGAAGGAGCUGUGAUAUAUAUAUAUAUUAUUUUUUUUUUCUUCAGUUUUUGUAAGCUCUACGGUGGGUGAUGUUCACUUUCGUCAUUUUAUGUUUGACAAAAGCGUAUUGCCUUCACCUUCUUGUAUUAUUUUCUAAAGGGAAUUUUGAAAUCCAAUGCAAAGGGAGUGAUUUUAUUUUAUUGUUUUCUUCUCCUUUUAUUUUAUUUUAUCUUCUUUUUCUCUGCUGGCUGCUUUAGGGUUGUGACAAGUUGACCCUGUGCAAUUAUUACAACGUGUAAAACUUUUUAAUUUGCUUUUAAGAAUGCUCUGACUCACUUUCUAAUCCGCCCCUCUUCUUGUUCUUCUUGUCCGCGUGUCCCCCACCUCGCGUUUUCCUUCUGUCACUUAUUAGGACUUUCAUUUAAUUUGCUUUACAGUUUUGGUUGUCGUUGCUCAGUGUUGGUCUCGUCACUGCCAGGUUAAAUCGCAGGGAAAAACAAGCAGUUCAUUUUUUUUUCAUGUCAUUUCAUAAGUGGCAGCUUUUGUUUUUUCUUCUGUUUUUGUAAAUACGAAAGAAGAGUCAAGUAGCUACUGCAGUUGUGAAUAAUUACGCACCAUUUACAGUUUGAUCAGACCGUAACAGCCAGGAGGUGUUGUCACUGAGGAGUUUUUAGGGAGAGGGUUUUUGUUUUUUUUGUUUUUUUUUUUUUUUGUUGUUGUUUUUUGGGGAGGGGGGGCUUCUGCAUUGGUUUGUAGUUUAUUUCAAAACAAAUGUUAAUGUCAUGCCAUAUAAAUUAUUUAUAUUAAAAUUUUAUUUUUGUAGUUUGUACAGAUGUUAGUAUCUAGACUGAAGUUCUAUUUUUAAAGAGUAAAUAUAUAUUAUAUAUAAAUAUAUCUAUUUGUUGCCGUUUGCUUUUGUUUUAUUGUUUUGUUUUUGGGGAGGAUGGAGGGGGGGUGUUCAGGGGAGGGAGGGAGGGAGGGAGGGGUUGACAACACUUUAGAGCAGAGGCCUUUUUUUUGAGUGUGUGCGUGUGUGUGUGUACGUGUGGAGCAAGGGGGGGCAGUCGGAGGACCAUGAAGGAGAAGGUGUGUAGGAAUGUGUCACCUUGUGUUUAAGUUUCCUCUCUGGCCCUUCGUUCUCCCAUUUGUCAUUUUUUAAACUGUUCUCGUCCAUGUCUGAAACACUGUGACUUCUGAAAACUAUGCUCAAGAAAAACCCUCGUGUGACCAUUAUGUUCCCUCACCUGCUAUAGAAAUUUAACUAACAAAAUAAAUUGAAUGAAAAAAAAAACAAAAA